AUGGACAUCUCCAGAACCUUCUGGAACCUUCACAGGUCCUCCAGAACCUUCCCAGAUCCUCCAGAACCUUCCCAGAUCCUUCAGAACCUCCCCAGAGCGACUCGGUCAUCGUGGUGCUCCGCAACCCCCUCAUCGCUGGGAAAACCUUCCCAGAGCGACUCGGUCAUCGUGGUCCUCCGCAACCCCCUCAUCGCCGGCAAAUCCCUCAGAACCUUCACAGAUCCUCCAGAACCCUCCCAGAUCCUCCAGAACCUCCCCAGAGCGACUCGGUCAUCGUGGUGCUCCGCAACCCCCUCAUCGCCGGGAAAUAGAGAAUUCCUGAUGGAAACAUCUUCUGGAACCUUCUGGAACCUUCCCAGAUCCCUCAGAACCUUCAGAACCAUUGCAGAUCCUUCCAGAACCUUUGCAGAACCUCCAGAACCCUCCCAGAUCCUCCAGAACCUUCCCAGAGCGACUCGGUCAUCGUGGUCCUCCACAACCCCCUCAUUGCUGGGAAGUAGGGAUGGACAUCCCUGGAACCUUCUGGAACCUUCCAGGACCUUUCCAGAUCCUCCAGAACCCUCCCAGAUCCCACUGGAACCUUCCGGAACCCUCCCAGAUCCCCAUGGAACUUUCCGGAACCUUCCCAGAUCCAUCCCUGCACAACCCCCUCAUCGCCAGCAAGUACGGGAUGAUCUCUGGAACCUUCCAGAACCUUCCGGGACCUUCCCAGAUCCCCAUGGAAUCUUCCAGAACCAUCAUAGAUCCCACUGGAACUUUCCAGAACCUUCCAGAACCUUUCCCAGAUCCCCAUGGAUCCUUCCAGAACCUUCCAGAACCUUCCCAGAUCCUCCAGAACCAUCCCAGAUCCCACUGGAACUUUCCGGAACCUUCCAGAAUCUUCCCAGAUUCCUCCAGGAGCCCCCAAAUCCCCCCAGGACCCCUCCCCCAACAAUCCCGGCCAGUUUUUGGUGGGGGGAUUUUGGGGAAGGAUUUUGGGGGAUUUUAGGGAAGGAGUUUGGGGUUGGAUUUUGGGGAGGAAUUUUAGAGUUUUUGGUGGAAGGAUUUUGGAGGAUUUUGUGGAAGCAUUUUGGGAUUUUUUGGGGGGAUUUUGAGGAAGGGAUUUUGAGUUUUCUGGGGGGAUUUUGGGGUUUUUUGGGGAGUUUCAGGGAAGGAUUUUGGGGGGAUUUUUGGGAAGGAUUUUGGGGUUUUUUGGGAAAGGAUUUUGGGGAUUUUGGGGAAGGAUUUGGGGGAUUUUUGGGAAGGAUUUUGGAGGCAUUUUGGGGUUUUUUGGCGAAGGAUUUGGGGGAUUUUGGGGAAGGAUUUUGAGGAAGGAUUUGGGGUUUUUUUGGGGAGGAUUUUAGGGAAG